AUGGCUGACGGUGGAAGCCUGCACAAUGUGCCACUCGUGCUGGACAACGGGAGCGGCACCAUUCGAGCUGGCUUCGCUGGAACCGAUCUUCCUGCGGCCUAUUUCCCUUCCUAUGUUGGUCGGCCUAAACACGUUCGUGCCCUCGCUGGGGCCCUAGAGGGAGACGUCUUCAUCGGCCCCAAGGCACAGGAACUACGGGGCCUUCUCAAAAUCAAAUAUCCGCUCGAGCAUGGUAUUGUGACCGACUGGGAUGAUAUGGAAAAGAUCUGGACAUACGUCUACGAACAAGAGCUGAAAACACUCAGCGAGGAACACCCCGUCCUGCUCACAGAGCCACCCUUGAAUCCGAGACAAAAUCGAGACACGGCCGCCCAGAUCCUGUUUGAACAGUUCAAUGUCCCGGCCAUCUACAUGUCGAUACAAGCCGUUUUGAGUUUAUAUGCGAGUGGUCGAACAACUGGUAUCGUCCUGGAUAGCGGAGAUGGUGUCAGUCACGCAGUUCCUGUAUACGAGGGAUUUGCGAUCCCCAGCAGCAUACGGAGAAUUGAUGUGGCAGGAAGAGAUAUCACAGAAUACAUGCAGCUGCUCCUGCGCAAAAAUGGACAUGUCUUCCAUACCAGCGCAGAAAAGGAAAUUGUCAGAAUCAUGAAAGAGAAGACAGCAUACAUCGCCCUGGAUCCUCGAAAGGAAGAGAAAGAUUGGUCACAAGGAAUAUGGAAGAAUGACAAAAGAGAUGUUGAGUACGUGCUUCCAGAUGGACAGAAAAUCAAGAUCGGAGCAGAACGUUUUCGGGCUCCCGAAAUUUUGUUCGAGCCAGAUUUGAUCGGGUUGGAGUAUCAGGGCAUCCAUCAAAUGGUAGUGGAUGCCAUCAACCGGACAGACAUGGACCUCCGCAAGAACCUUUUCGGCAAUGUUGUCCUCAGUGGCGGUACGACCCUAUGUAAGGGGUUCCCGGACCGACUUCUGUAUGAGAUGCAACGGCUGGCGGUCAAGGACAUGCGCAUCAAGAUCUAUGCACCCCCUGAACGAAAAUACAGCACCUGGAUUGGUGGUAGCAUCCUUGCUGGGUUGAGCACGUUCAGAAAGAUGUGGGUUAGUAUUGACGACUGGCAUGAGAACCCGGACGUUAUCCACACCAAAUUCACUUGA